GCUCCUCUGUACUCCCCAUCGUGUUUCCGCGGCUCCGAGCCAGAGACCAGCCACAUGGUCGUCCUGUGAACAACAAAACCGUGAUGAAGGCAGCAGGAGUCAGAAUGCUAUUCACGGCAGGAAGCCCCAGCAUCCGGUGAGAAAUAAGAAGUACUAGAGCACAGGAUGCGCCCUGGGUCAGGGGGACGUAAAAAGCCUGGAGUCUGUAACCUUCUCUGCGCCAGAGCUGUCGUGGCUUUGCAGCAGAGGCACAGCCCUCAGCUCCCCUCAGAGCACAACCGGGUGCCAAGCUCCAAGCUCCAGUGGUGGCUGCUGUCAUUGUGGGGGAGUCUAGCCGCUCCCAGAAGACGACACAGAAGAAUGGCCACCUCAACAGGUUUGCUGCUGCUGCUGCUGCUGCUGCCGCUCCUGGGCCAGCCCCGGGCAGAGGCUGCUGCUGAUUCAGAGGCUGUCGUAUGCCAGGGGACUGCCUGCUAUACUGCCCACUGGGGCAAGCUGAGCGCCGCCGAAGCCCAGCAUCGCUGCAACGAGAACGGGGGCAAUCUAGCCACGGUGAAGAGCGAGGAGGAGGCCCGGAACGUCCAGCAAGCCCUGGCUCAGCUCUUGAAGACCAAGGAAGCCUUGGAAGCCAAGAUGGGCAAGUUCUGGAUCGGGCUCCAGCGAGAGAAGGGCAAGUGUACGUACCAUGAUUUGCCAAUGAAGGGCUUUAGCUGGGUGGGUGGUGGAGAGGACACAGCUUACUCAAACUGGUACAAAGAGAGCAAGAGAUCCUGUACCUCUAAGCGCUGUGUGUCCCUGAUACUGGACCUGUCCUUGACUCCUCACCCUAGUCACCUCCCCAAGUGGUAUGAGAGCCCCUGUGGGACUCCUGAUGAUCCAGGUAAAAACAUUGAAGGUUUCCUGUGCAAGUUCAACUUCAAAGGCAUGUGCAGUCCCCUCGCCCUGGGUGGUCCAGGGCAGGUGACUUAUACCACCCCUUUCCAGGCCACCACCUCCUCCCUGGAGGCUGUGCCUUUUGCCUCUGCUGCCAAAGUAGCCUGUGGGGAUAAGGCUGAGAAUAAGAUCCGUUAUUUCAUAUGCAAUGAAAAGACUCCGGGUAUAUUCCAUUGGGGCAGCUCAGGCCCCCUCUGUGUCAGCCCAGAGUUGGGGUGCAGUUACAACAAUGGGGGCUGUCAGCAGGACUGCUUCGAAGGUGGGAAUGGCUCCUUCCGCUGUGGCUGCCGGCCUGGCUUUCGGCUGCUGGACGACUUAGUAACUUGUGCUUCUCGGAACCCCUGUAGCUCCAAUCCAUGCACAGGAGGGGGCACCUGUCACCCUGUACCCCUCAGCGAAAACUACACAUGCCAGUGUCCAAACGGCUACCAGCUGGACUCUAGCCAAGUACACUGUGUGGAUAUAGAUGAGUGCCAGGACUCCCCCUGUGCCCAGGGAUGUAUCAACAUUCCCGGAGGCUUCCAGUGUGAAUGUUGGGUGGGCUACCAAUCCAGUGGCCCCAAAGCGGAGGUCUGCGAGGAUGUGGAUGAAUGUGCCCACUCGCCCUGUGCCCAUGACUGUGUCAACACUGUUGGCUCUUUCCACUGCUCCUGUAAAGAUGGCUAUGCCUUGUCUGGGGAAGACAGUACCCAAUGUGAGGAUAUAGACGAGUGUUUGAACUCCAGCAGCAAUCCAUGUGACACCUUUUGCUUCAACUCGGAGGGUUCCUUCAGCUGUGGCUGCCUGCCAGGCUGGGAGCUAGCUCCCAAUGGAGUCUCUUGUAUCAAGGGUAUUGAAUCUUUAGAACCACCAACGAAAUCUCCCCAAAAGGAAGGCAAAGGUGAUAGAAAGGGAAGUACUAUGCCUCCUUCUGAAAUGCCCAGUUCUUCCAGAGGCUCCGAGAACGUCUCCAAGGGAGGACACACCACAGAUCAUCUCUCCCUCCCAUCGGAUACUCCCAAUGUCUCUGUUCCACCAAAAAUAUCAGUCCCUAGUGAGGCAUCUGAUGUCUGGAUGGAGUUGAGUACACACCUCCCCACGGCCACUGGCCACAGCAAGCCCACACAUGAAGAUUCUGUGGCGGCACACAGUGACAGCGACACCGAUGGGCAGAAGCUGCUUCUGUUCUACAUCCUGGGCACUGUGGUGGCCAUCUCACUCUUGCUGGCUCUGGCCUUAGGGCUUCUCAUUUAUCGUAAACGGAGAGCCAAGAAGGAGGAGAUAAAAGAGAAGAAGCCCCAGAAUGCAGCUGACAGCUAUUCCUGGGUUCCAGAGCGAGCCGAGAGCCGAGCCCUGGAGAAUCAGUACAGCCCAGCACCUGGGACAGACUGCUGAAGACAAUGUGGCCAUGGAAACACAGGCAGCUGCCACUACUUUCAGAACUUUCCACUCCCGGAUGAGGGGGAGAUCUACAUCAUUCUGAAAGACUGGACUGGACUCUCAGCAAAGAAUGGGCACUGUCCCCAUAAGAGCCUGGUGACAUGGGAUGGGCAGGUAUUCUCCAGCUGCAUUUGCUAUGUCUGGGCCUGAAAACUGUGUGUUGGUUUGUCUUUGUGGGGAGUUUUGUAGAUAUUGACAAGCCUCACUCACAUAACCCUUUCAAAUCCAAAAUCAACUGAUUUAAUGUGUUCUUCUGGUUCCUGAUCAGGACUUGAGGAGUCACAAGGGUGGGACAAGUGGGGGUGGGAGGGCUUCAAAGACUUUUCUUAUCUCUUCAUUCAUCAGAGAAGAAAAGGAGCUACUGGUGCUAAUUAGGAUGGAAACAAUUCCUUUUCCUUCUUAGGGUAGAGAACAAAACCAUUUAAUUAUUUAACUGUGUGAGAAGAAGGCUCGACCCUUCCUAUGUGGGACUUUUUCAGGAUGGCUGUCUUUGUAUACAUUUGCUGUCUGGCAUUUCCCCUUAAUCCCCCUCAGUAUUGUUGAAACUGUCAGAAUGAGAGGAAGUUCAACCAACUGCUUAGGGAGCAAGCAGGCAGGAUGUUUAGACAUCCUACCCCCUCAUUCUUAACUUUCUGAUGGUCUUGGGCUUAUGGGCAAGUACAGAUGGGAACUGGAAAGUUGCUUCAAGUGAGUGAGAGGCCUUGGUAACAGUAUAAUCCAGGGGGAAGCAGCAGGGAUUAGGUUAACAGAUAUUCGAACUAAAUUUUCUGAAUGGACUGAUGUUAACACACACUUGACUACUGAGAAACAAUAAUAAAACCCCAGGAACAAUUUGCCUUUGAGCCAGCACAGGCCCCCACCCCACUUCAGGGCAUCCUGUCUCCCCUCACCCCACCCCUAACUGGGAAGCUUGGAUAGGGGGGCUUUUCUUCUGACUGUAGGGAAAAGAUGUGUGAACCAGGUGAUGGGCUUUGCUUUGGACACUGUCACUUAAAUGGAACUUAACCCAAUUCACAGUUAAGAGUGCAUCUGGAGGACUUUAGCCCUGUUUUGUGGGUGUGGCACACAUCAAACCAAGGACUAGUCACACAGAAGGUUCUCUCUGUUUGCUUAAAAAAAAAAACGGAGAUACAGAGGAAAGGGGAAGGGAAAGAGAGAGCAGCGAGGCUAUUUUCCAACCGUUAAAACUGCUUAGAGCCAUUUUAUGAUUGACAUGUUUAUUUCAAAGUGUACAUUUGCAAAAGUGUGCCUUAAGCUUGUUGCUGCUGGAGAUGUUCCAGCUACACUGGUAUGUCUGGGUCCUGUAAGGCAGUCCUGGUGAGUCACUUCAGCAUCUCUGGGAAGCCUUCAGUAUCAUGGAGGUUUUUUUUUUUUUUUUCUGCCUCUGACAUUUGGAAAGCUGAGACAUGGAAAGUGUCUCCAUCAUGGGAUCCAGAGUCUUUGUUCUCAGAUCAGGAUGCCCUUUCAAUUCUGGUUUCAAAUGCAUCCAUCCUUCAAAUUGAUCUGGGGAGUGAAGAUGAAUAAUGGCCACAUUCAAGGCCUAUGGAGUUAAGGAAAUAUCUUAAAAAAAUAAAAACAAGACAAAACUCUCUCUCACACACACAAACACAAGUUGAAGAAUGAUGGGAGAAAGACAGAGCUCAGUGGGGUGCCUGAAAUCUGUGCAUUUAAAAAUCAGCUCACCAUCUGGCUUUCACUUGGAACUUGGGUGUUUAAAACCUAAGGGAGAUCAAAGCUAUAUCUAAUUGGUAAGAAACUUCAUUGGCCCUAGGACCCCUGGCAAUAGUUGAGAUUGGCAGCCAGUCCUUUACAGAGACCAGCACCCACCAUGCGGAUAAUUUUAGAUAGAUGGCAGUAUCUGUACAUACAGACAUGAACCCAAAUACAGCACUUUCGCCUCCAGGCCUUCUGCUGCUCACUCUUAUGGCUUGAGGUGAGAAAGAUAAACUAAAUCUAGGUUUCCGAUAGCCUUGCCUGGUCUAUGCUCAGACUGCUGUGUGGGGACUUAAACUAACGAAGACCACUUAGGGUAUAGACAUGAAACCCUAUCCCCAACACCUUCAAGGGCACUGGAUCCUUGCCGUGAAGACUCCCAGAGAGGAAGAGGUUAAUGAACAUAUUGCCUCAAAGUGUGCUUUCAGCAUCAGUCCCACCCAUGGAGGCAGAGCUCUCUCAUCUACUGACCUGGCACAGCCUUGUGCACAACCAUACCUCAAGUGUCCAGGCCAAUAAAGCCACUCACUGCUCCUAAACAGGUGCUUCAUUCUCUCUUCUACCUUUUUGCUGUUGUGGUGUUUGAGACUGGAAAAUUUGGGGUUAGAGCAUCUAAGAGGCCAAGCAGUAGAUAAGUGAACUUCCACUGGCCCCCAUCACCCAAGAAAUCAGUGAGCAAGGACAAAACAAUCCCCUGCCUAUGAGGAUGAGAGAAGAGUCUGCUUGGCAACAGAAUUUUCCUAAGUCCAUACUUGGAAAAACUGUAUUUAGAACCAACUCAUCUCCUCCUAUUCUUCAUUUUCCAAAAAAUUCCAGAGAAUUUAGGGGCCAUGCCUUCAAGCCUUCAGCUCUCUCAUUCCUUAAUUUCAGGUGACCAUCAUUCAUUCCUUUUUGUCUUUUAUGUGGUGCUGGUGAUGGAAGCCAGUGCUGUAAGUAUACUAGACACGUGCUUUCCAGGAGCUAUACCCCAGCCACAUAAUUAUUUUUUGUUCAUUAAUAAAGAUAGGUGAUAUAGUACAUCCCCCCCCCCACA